UUGCAGAACAUCUUCAAAAGUAUCACACUAGUGGAGUGGCAAAGAAGAGCAAUGCUGGAACCGAAGAGAUGUGAUGUGUGUUUGACUGGAAGUGAUGGUAAGAGAAUGUCAUCAGGCUUCCGAAUAAAACCGAAGAAUGCCGUGCAAAAGAGCAGGACCUCUCCAUGUCCUUCCCCAAAUUCUCCAGAACCUACAGUUAAGACACAACCAAAACCUAGUGAUAAACUUAACCCCAAAACUAUUGAUCCGUUCGGUGAUCAGCCAAAGGCCCCUUCUGCAUUUGCUGCUAUUUAUUCUAAAGGGGGUAUUCCUUGCAGGUUGAUUCAUGGCUCAGUAAAACACAAACUACAGUGGGAAUGUCUUCCUGAAACACUUCCAUUUGAUCCUCUUCUUAUAACAUUGGCUGAGGGUCUCAGAGAAACAAAACAUCCAUACACAUUUGUAUCAAAGGAAGGCUUUAAGGAAUUGCUUUUGGUGGAAGGUGCUGCCGAAAAAACUCUUCCCUUGUUGCCUCAUCUCGUUCCAGUGUUAAAGGCUGCUCUGGCCCAUUCAGAUGGUGAAGUGUUUGAAAGGGGAUUGAAUGCUUUGGUACAGCUGAGUGCAGUUGUUGGUUCUUCACUUAAUAUUCAUUUGAAACAUAUACUCACAAAUCUCUCAAAAAGAUUAAUGGACAAAAAAUUUAAAGAGAAAAUCACAGAUGCUUUACAGAAGUUAGAGCAUCAUGGUGGAAAGGAGAGUGUGGCUGUCAUCAAAUCUAAAAUCCCAACCUAUUGUUCCAUCUCCUCUUGAACAAGAAAUGUUGUAGUUACUGUACUUGUAGCUGAGCUCAGGGAAAUCAGAAGUUGCCUGUGGACAUCACUGGAAUUUCCUUGGGGUAUAAAUUAUUCUCUUAAAACUAACUGCAAAUCUCCUGGAAUGUGUUGGGACCAAGGGGAGAAGAGAUGAAUAUUUGCAAUGAAGUGAACAUACAUCAACUUGUGCAAGUCUAAUUCUGGAAAAUAGUUAACUUUUCCUGUGCUCUAAAUCUGAAACUACAUCCAAUAAUUGGCUAUCUACAUUUGUUGCGAAAGUAGAGUAAAUAUCAGUUCAUUUUUGCUGUGUAUUAAUUCUGUCGCAUCUACUAUGCUUGUGUGUUUAUCAUGUAUGACGCAAGAAUUUGGCUGUAAUUACUUGAGCAGUAACUAACUCAUUGCCAAAUGGCAUGUACAUGUUUAUUUUGAUAUUGACGUAACUUGCAGUAACUUAUUCCCGUGAUGAGAGUUGUGCAGAUGGAAUGUGGAAUGUGAGGGUAUCAUCACAGAAGAACUGAUUUUUAUACCACUCAUAGACAGUGUUGUUUCAAUAGUAUAAAUAAUGUAAAAAUAGUAACUCAGGUGUUGAUAUAACAAUGUUAUUCUGAAUCCUUCCUCCUAUGCCCCCCUUCUCCCCAUCUCCAUCCGGGUAACUCUUUGCAUUUUAACUUUGUCAGGUAAAUUACUUAAGUAUUAAACUGUUAGUUCAGUACUACCUGAAGCUUUAUCUCAGGAUACUUGUAUUUAAACUUUUAAACAAUAAAUCCAUUUUGCUAAAGAAAUAUUAAAUCCAAAGAAAUGCUGCUGGGUGUCUUUCCACCCCGCAAAAAGUUCUGCUUUUUUGGUGUUUUUUCCUUAUAAUUUUUAUUUAUUUAUUUUUUACAAAAUGUGCACAUUUACUUUACGCAAACACGCUACAGCAAAUUUCAGGUGUACUUGUAUUGUACUACUAUUAUUCCUACACUGGUGAUAGCAGAGCAGCCUUCAACAUGCCUCUAAUACCCAUCUCUACACCAGAAUAGAUACCUGAUUUAUUUUUACAAAAUAACAUUUGCAUUCUUUCUUCUCCAGUAGUCCCUUAUUUUGCUUUGUGUGUAAAUGUCACAAUGAAGACUGGCAUAUCUCUGG